AUGUCGGAAAUCAAAGGAACCUUGUCAUCGUUGGUGAUGGUGCUUGCGGAAAGUCAUAUUCCCAGAGGCAGCUCCAGCGAAUCCCUGGCGGCUUCGUCCGAGGUCUAUGUGCCCACCGUGUUCGAGAACUACGUUGCCGAUGUCGAGGUCGAUGGCAAGCACGUGGAGCUUGCUCUAUGGGAUACGGCCGGCCAGGAAGACUACGAUCGUCUACGCCCUCUCAGUUAUCCUGAUUCGCAUGUCAUCCUCAUCUGCUUCGCUGUCGACUCCCCCGAUUCGCUUGAUAACGUCCAGGAGAAGUGGAUUUCCGAAGUUAUGCAUUUCUGUGCCGGCCUGCCUAUCAUUCUUGUCGGCUGCAAAAAGGAUCUCAGACGUGACCCCCGUGUGAUUGAGGAGCUUAGGAAGACGAGCCAGCGACCCGUAACCCCCGAAGAGGGUAUGGCAGUCGCCCAGAAGAUUGGGGCAAAGCACUACCUCGAGUGCUCCGCCAAGUCGGGUGAGGGCGUCCGCGAAGUCUUCCAGUACGCCACCCGCGCCGCACUGCUCAGCAGAGGAAAGGGCAAGAAGAGCCACCAUUGCAUCGUGUUGUAG